GUAUAAUGUUUUCGGCACGUACAGUAUUUGUUCUAUUCUACACCCUUCUUCUGGCCGUCGCCAUCGUCAGUGCCGCUCCAAAUCGCAUUCUGAUGCGAUUCGGUAAACGAGCUGAUCCAGUACAAUAUCGUCCAUUUGUUCCGUCUGACUACUACCCGGUAGAGUUGCUUGGCUCUUCACGUGGUGCGGAUGGUGAUAUGUAGAU